GUCAGAAGGGAUGAAAAAGAGACGGGUGUGAGCGAAGGAGAGGGAAGAAAAAACAGGGUAAAAAAACAAAAACACACCAAUGAGGAGACCAUGGGGCUUCAACACUACUGGCUGCUGCUGCUGUUGGUCGACUGCCAUGACCAGAUUACAGGUGCUGUGAGUGACAUCAGUCCAUAUAUAAAGCAUUAUGAGGGCUUGUCGUAUGACAGGGAAGAUCUUCACAGGAAGCACCUGAGAGCCAGGAGAGCCUCACACCCUCAUGAGUACACACUGCAGCUGGACUUGACUGCUUUCCACAGAACUUUCCGUCUGCAUUUGAAACGCGAUGCAGCAGCAUUUUACGAAGAUUUCACAGUGAUCAGUGAAAAUGGUUCCACGCCGGCUGACCUCUCCCACAUAUAUACAGGAACACUAACAGGUGAACACGGUUCCUGCCAUGGCUCAGUGUUGCAGGGUCAGUUUGAGGGAACCAUCCAUACAGACAACGGGACCUAUCACGUAGAGCCAGUAGAUAGAUACACCAGCAGCCCAACAGAUCACCACUCUAUAAUCUACCACGAGGAUGACAUGGUCCUACCAUCCAUGAGAACGGGCCCUGAUGGAUUCUGUGGUGCAGAACAUCUGAGCCUCCUCGCCCAAAGCCUCGGACCAGAUGAGGAGGCACCAGCGAGCCGGUGGAGGAGAACAGUGGAUGAGUCAAAGACCAGCUGCCUGCUCCACCUCCAUGCUGACCACCUCUACUACAAGAAGUUCAAGUCCGUUGAAGCGGUCGUGGCUCAGGUUGCCUCCUACAUACAAGCUGUGAAUGACAUCUAUGCCAAGAUGGACUUCGUUGGAAUCAAGCUGGUCAACUUUAAAGUUAAAUCCCUCCACGUGAUGACAGAGGAAGAUAAAAGCGAUCCUCUGAACCCUUUGUACAUCGGGUCUGAGAAAUUGUUGAGUCUGUACUCCGAGAACAACUGGGGGAACUUCUGCCUGUCCUAUCUGCUCACUAACAGAGACUACAGCGGAACGCUGGGGGUUGCCUGGGAGGGCAAAGCUGGUAACUUGGGAGGAAUAUGUUCGAAGCAGACCCUGCAUAAGGGCCGGAUCUCCACCCUGAACACAGGUCUGGUCACAAUACAGAACUACGGACAGUUCCUGCCUCCUCGACAAGUCCAGCUGACCUUUGCUCAUGAGCUCGGCCACAGCCUGGGAUCCCCGCACGAUAAGGGCUCAAACUGUGGGAACCUCGGCUCCAGCGGUGGCAAAGGCAGGUAUCUGAUGUUCCCUGAAGCCACAGACAAGGUGCAUGAAAACAACGAUAAGUUCUCGCCCUGCAGCAUCCAACACAUCAGCAAGAUCCUGAAGCUGAAGAAGGAUGACUGCUUCGUGGUCAGUGAUCAGCCCAUCUGUGGAAACCAGAUUGUCGAGGAAGACGAGGAGUGUGACAUUGGUCACAACGACACCGACCUCUGCUGCUUCAGCGCUAAGCAGCCUGUAGGAGUCCAGUGUCACCUCAAGCCUGGUAAAGCCUGCAGUCCGAGUCGGGGCCUGUGCUGCGGUCAGGACUGUGGGUUUAAGCCUGCGGGUCAGACCUGCGAUGAGGAGACAGACUGUCAGAGAGAGGCUGUGUGUUCAGGCUUCUCCCCACAUUGCCCCGAGCCAAGCGCCAAGGAAAACCUCACAGUCUGCAGUCAGGGCACACGUCUCUGUCUGAACGGGGUCUGUGCAGAGUCUGUGUGUGUGAAGCACAGUCUGCAGCAGUGCGACUGUCCAGGAGACAUGAAGGAGAAAUGCCACAUGUGCUGCCAGCAGCCCGAUAAGCCUGAGACAUGUGCCAGCACUACCUCCUCCGUGCUGUCCCGUCACUUCCAGAGGACGGCGUUGCCGUUGGUCGGCGGGGCUCCGUGCUCAGGGAACCGGGGAUACUGCGACAAAUUCCACAUGUGUCGUCUGCUGGAUGCAGACGGCCCCAUCGCAAGACUGAAAAACUCCUUCCUCAAUUUGGAUGACUUCGACGACAUAGCAGAGUGGAUGAAGGUUUAUUGGUGGGCCAUCCUGCUGGCUAUCCUGACGCUGUCUGGAGUGAUGGGCGGCACCGUCUGCCUCUGCGGCCACAAGCUGGACACCAGCGACUUGGAGUGACCUCUGACUUUUGGUCAUCAUUGGGAAUAUGCAGUAUUUUCAUUCAAGGCACACAAAUUCAUUUCAAUCAGGAGAGACUUGUUUUAUAAUUUAACAAUGAUUUAUUAUACAUGCAUCAAAUAUGAAAAGUGCAAAGUCUUUGGCGAUUGGACUCUAUCCUGAAGUACUAUCAGCGAGGGUAGGGAUACUGAGGUGCAAUAGGCCUAAUCCCCCCUGGAGUCCAGACACUGGUGGUG